AGCGUGGCAGUUGCAGACUUACCCCCUUUUGGGUGUGGUCCUUAGCAAGGGCCAAACUUUGGCCCAUUCUUUUUCUUUUUGAUUGCUUUCUGCCAAGCAAGACUUGUUUUAUUUACUCAGUGGCAGAACGGAGGGCGAGGGAGGAAAAGGAAGCCCCUUCUCUUUGCCUUGCCACGGCUGCCUGCCAAGCAGACCCAGUUACAAGAACCAGAGGGAUGGUUGUAGUCACGGGGCAGACCAAAGCUUGUGGACACCUGGGCGAUGCCAUGUCGAGCUCAGAUGCAGAGGAUGAUUUUCAAGAGCCUGCCACUCCAACAGCAACCCAGGCAGAACACUCGCUGCCCCUGCUUCCUCAGCAGUUUCCUGAAGUAGUUCCACUAAAUGUUGGAGGCACCCAUUUCAUGACCAGGCUAUCAACACUGAGACGUCAUGAAGAUACCAUGUUGUCAGCCAUGUUCAGUGGCCGGCAUUACAUCCCAACAGAUGCUGAGGGCAGAUAUUUUAUUGACAGAGAUGGAACAUAUUUUGGGGAUGUACUUAAUUUUCUACGAUCUGGUGACUUACCUCCAAGAGAACGAGUGAGGUCUGUUUACAAGGAAGCUCAGUAUUAUUCCAUAGGACCAUUGCUAGACAGUCUAGAAGAGCUCCAGCCCCUGAAAGGAGAGAAAGUGCGGCAGGCUUUCCUGGGCUUAAUGCCCUAUUACAAAGAGCACUUAGAGCGAAUCAUUGAAAUAGCUAAGCUGCGGGCAAUGCAAAGGAAAGCACGCUUUGCUAAGCUAAAGAUCUGUGUCUUCAAAGAAGAGAUGCCCAUCACGCCCUACGAGUGUCCACUUUUCAACUCCCUCCGUUUUGAGAGGAGUGAAGGGGAGGCCAAGCUUUUUGAGCACCAUUGUGAGGUGGAUGUAUCCUUUGGGCCUUGGGAAGCCGUGGCAGAUGUGUAUGACCUCCUCCAUUGCAUUGUGACGGACCUUUCCAACAGGGGCAUCACAGUUGACCACCAAUGUAUUGGUGUGUGUGACAAACACUUGAUUAACCAUUACUACUGCAAGCGCCCAAUCUAUGAAUUCAAGAUAACAUGGUGGUACAGGAACAAAAUGAGUGUGAAGUCAGAACGCCGAGGGAUCCAUGUUGAUCAGUCAGAACUGCUUUGCAAGAAAGGAUGUGGUUACUAUGGUAACGUAGCUUGGCAGGGCUACUGCUCCAAGUGCUGGAGAGAAGAGUACCAAAAAGCCAGGCAGAAGCAAAUCCAGGAAGACUGGGAGCUUGCUGAGAGAUUACAGCGUGAGGAAGAAGAGGCCUAUGCUAAUACUCAGCACACUCAUGGGGCUCAGUCACUUACUUUCACAAAAUUUGAGGAAAAAAAAACAAGUGAGAAACUGCGGAAGGUGGCAACGGUGAAGAAAUUCUUUGGAGCAUCUUCGCGUCCUGGAACUAAGAAGGAAGUUCCAGAAGCCAAGGCGCCUAGUCCUUCUAUCAGUAGGCAGGUCAGCAUUGAAACUGACAGAGUGUCCAAGGACUUCAUUGAAUUUCUUAAGACCUACAAUAAGCCUGGCCAGGAGGUCUACAAGCAAUGCAAACUAUUCCUGGACACAAUGCAUCGCAAGCGGGAGUUGAGUAUUGAGGAACAGUCUGAAUAUGCUCAGAGCCUCUAUCAGAACGUGGCAGAUAAGCUACAGACUCGCUGGAAAGUGCCUCCAGAAAAGGUGGAAAAAGUGACGGAUCAAGUGGAGAAAUACAUAAUGACCCGCUUGUAUAAAUACGUUUUCUGCCCAGAAACUACGGAGGAUGAGAAGAAAGAUUUGGCUGUCCAGAGAAGAAUCAGAGCUUUGCACUGGGUUACUCCACAAAUGCUUUGUGUUCCUGUCAAUGAAGAAAUCCCUGAAGUCUCGGAUGUAGUUGUGAAAGCUAUCACGGACAUCAUUGAAAUGGACUCGAAGCGUGUCCCCCGGGACAAGUUAGCCUGCAUCACUAGCUGCAGCAAGCACAUCUUUAACGCCAUCAGGACCACAAAGGCUGAACCAGCUUCAGCUGAUGACUUUUUGCCCACUCUCAUCUACAUUGUCCUGAAGGGCAACCCACCCCGCCUGCAGUCUAACAUUCAGUAUAUUACUCGAUUCUGCAAUCCUGGCAGGCUGAUGACCGGGGAGGAUGGAUAUUAUUUUACAAACCUGUGUUGUGCUGUUGCCUUCAUAGAAAAGUUGGAUGCUCAGUCCUUAAAUCUGAGCCAGGAAGACUUUGACCGCUAUAUGUCUGGCCAGACCUCUCCAAGGAAACAAGAACCUGAGAACUGGCCAGCCAAUGUAUGUGUGGGGAUGCGCCAAAUGUACAGGAAUCUUGGUCUCCUCUCACAACUGAAUGAGAGGCAGGAGAGGAUUGUCAGUGAGGCCAAAAAGCUUGAGAGGGACCUUAUUGAUUGGACUGAUGGGAUCACCAAGGAAGUCCAGGAGAUUGUGGAGAAGUACCCUUUGGAGAUUAAAGCCUCAAACCCAGCCUUGGCGGCCAUUGACUCUGAAAAUGUUGAAAAUGACAAACUGCCCCCUCCACUUCAACCUCAGGUUUACGCUGGAUGAGAAUGGCAUCAAGACUCAGAUAUUCCUUCCUUCCUGUUUUUGUCUGCUUGGCAGAUAGGCUAAGGGGAGGGGGAAUGAAACACAUUUAAAAUUGGCACGUUUUAAAGGUACUCUUUGUUGGUAGAUGUGUUCCAUGAUAUUUAUUUUAGUCAGAGUUGGUUACUAUGAGGGCUGAAUUUUUAUGUGUUCCUGAAAUUAAUUAUCAUUUCUUUUUACAGAAAUUCAAUAUAAUUUUUAAGGAAUGCUUUGGGGAUUGUUUUCUUCAAAGCAUGCACAUGUUUUAAAAUCUACUGGUGGAUAGUUGUGCUAUCUUCACUCCCUAAACAUAGUUGCUUAUCACACUUUGCCAAGAAUGCUGUGUUUGAGAAAGAAGUGUAAAGGAUUCUUAAUCUUUGUUUUCAGAAAAGGAUGUGUUGUAAAGUAAAUAUUUAAGAUUGUAAAUAGGUUUGAAUGUUGAGCAAUGUCUUAAUAGCAUGACAUUUAGCAAAGAAUGGAAACCGGGUUUUUUAAUUUCUUCACUCUUUAAGUUUUUGGUUUAUAGUUUUGAUCCAGAAUAGGAAAUACCAAGGAAACACUACAUUGUAGCAAAUAACUAAUUUGAACACAGUUCUAAUAUGACUAAAGUCAUUUCUUAAUAUGUAUGAUUUCUUAUCUGAAUUUUCAGCCUGGAAUAGCGUCCUUUUUGCUGUUCUGAUCUCUAGCAAUUGCAUACUUGGACCUUUAUGAAGAUCAGAGCAGAAUUGGAUGGUAGCUGUGGGUAUAUGUGUGAAAUGCUGGAGUUUAAAUUGGUCUAAAAAUCACAAGAUACAAGAAGAUUCUGGCUUUAAAAGUAACUUAGUGUUUUUUUUUAAAUAAUUUGCUUCAUAAUACUUGUGCAUAGCCUUCAAAGAAAUGAUUAGUGCGGCAUGAGACUAUCUUGUGCUUGAAAAAUCAAAGAAUGAGGUACACAAAAGAAAGUUUAUGAUUGCUUUCCUGAAUCACAUUUUUAAAUGGAUUGGUCCACUGAAUUAUAAAUGGUCAGAAAACAGAAAUAUGGACAAUCCUUAAGGCAGUAAACUGGCUUAUGCAAUUUUGUGAACUAUAUACGUUUUUAUAUGACUUUGAACAAAAUAGGAAUCUAUAUUAUUAUAUUGCUGAACUACAGCUUCCAGGAUUUGCCUUGAUUGCUAUGAUGGCUGGAAUAACUGUCUCCUUCAAGAGGGACCCAUUGCUUUCUCAAUUCUUUCACUGCUGUCCCGAAGAUUAAUUCAUCAACAGUACACAUAUCACUGUGAAUGACUGUCUUUUCUUCCCCUCCAGCCUUUUCAGUAUUCUUAGUAGUAUGAUGAUCCAGCCAAUUCAAAUCUUCUCUUUGGCCAAAGAUUUAGCAUGGCUGUGUGGAUGCAAGAAUUUGCCAAACUGGAUGAAUUAGUCAGCCUUUCCCAGCAUGUUAGACUAUGAUUAUUGUUUUCCUAAGGAAGAUACACGUUGGGAUGAUAGAACUGUAGUCCAGGAAAUACAGGGGGUACCAAGUUAGAGAAUGCUGAAUUUAUCUAUGGGUGAUGCUUUUUUAACUUUUUACUUUAUAAAUUAAAGUAAAGCUCCCCAUUAAUUUGUCAGAGCUAAAUUUGGCAGGUUCUUUGAAAGGCCAGGUUGAGUUGUGUGAAACUAUAUUAAGCAUUUUCCUGAAGGGUAUAGUUUAAAUGCAAUUCCCUCCAAUUGCUGAAGUCAUGUUAAAUGUCUGAGACUUGUGUGUGUGUUCAAGAUCUUGGAUAUCCUGAUUAUCACUAAGUCUCAAACUUCAUAAUUGAAGGGGGGAAAAAAACUCUUUGCAGUGUUACCUGUUUUUAAUAUUAGAACACUUAAAAUACCAACUCUUUUUCUUAUGCUUUUCUCAACUCUUUGAGUCUUAUUUGUACUUCUGGGAAACAUGGGAUUCCUAAGUGUUCCAUUCCAAACCGUGUUUUUGGGCAACAUAUGAAAAAGCCAACUUUAUAACAUUUUAGCUGUACAGGUAUUUAUCUGAUUUUGCAAUAAGGUCAGACCAAGACUGUGACCUGUUUUGUGUAUGCCUGCUUUAAAAAGCAUAUCAGUUUUCAGCUUGCAACUCAGCCAGUGUCUGAGUUUCUUGAAAGGUUAAAUAUUUAUGUUCUUUUCCCUUCCUCAAUUAAAUUUGUGGAAGUGAAGUAAACAAGCUAUUCCUUUGGCUACAGAAAGUCCAUGUUGGUCAGAUUUUUCAAUUUUCAGAGUUUUGUUUCUUGGCCUCAUUGUUUGACACUCUAGGUGCUAAUUCAGAUUUUCCAGGUAUAUAUUUCACUCCAAAAAGGCAUCAUUAUAGCUACUGCUGUUAAAUUGCUGUCAACAGAAAUAAACCAUAUACAAUGUGACUCAUUAUUAGUCAACAGAAAUCUUGAUUUACAAUUUUUUAUAUAUCAUUGAUGCUUCAAGUUUAGUCACAAAUCUGUUAAAGCCUGAAAAGCUUGUAACUGCUAAUGGUAUCAAAUUAUCUUUAAUUAUACUUUAUUACUCUUGGGGGCAAAAAAGGGACCUCAUUUUCAAUUACAAAACUGAGCAUGCCUUUUUUUCUGUAAUCUAAUAGGAAAGAACCAAGGUCAGUCCUAUCCUUCCUGAAUGGUAUCAGGUUGACUUUUCUUCACCAUUCAUAACAUGUUUAAAGGUGAUAAAUUAUUUUAUAGAAUCUGGCAUGUCAUUCGAGGGCCAUGUGUAAUUUUAGGUUGAGAGAAAAUUAGUCUCUUUUGGGGGAUUUUCUUAGAGGCCUUGAAACUGGGGGACUCAAAGAACCACUAUUGAUACAGAUAGUCUUCAACUUACAACCAUUUAUUUAUUGACUGACUGAAGUUACAAUGCAUUGGGAAAAAAAAGUUUUGACCAAUCCUCACACUUAUAACCCCAUAGUCAUGUGAUCAUAAUUUGGGCACUUGGCAACUGACAUGUAUGUAUGAAAUCGCAGUGUCCCAAGGUGAUCAACGUUUGUGACUUCCAACUUCUACAAGCAAAGUCAAUGGAGGAAGCUGGAUUUGCUUAAUAACUGUGUUUCAUUGAGAACUACAGCAAUUUGCUUAACAAGUGUGCCAGAAAAGGUUGUAAAAUCAGCCACUGGGCUUAUCAAUGAAAAUUCUGGUCCCAGUUGUGGUGGUACGUUGAGGUCACAACACAUUCUAGAGCAGUGUUUUUAAACUUGCUAGCUAGAAAUUCUGGGAGUUGAAGUCCACGCAUCUUAAAGUUGCCAAGAUUGAAAAAUACAGUUCUAGACUUCUGGGGAAACUGCAAAAAAGACCCUCUAUUUCACACCUGCCAAAAUAGAUGUACUUGUUGGUAGGCAAAAUGCUGGCAGGCUGAUAUGGAUGGAAAAGAUUCUGCAAGAAACCUUGUAGAACUUGUUCAACAAGGUUUUAAAAGGGGGGGGGGUGCAACCUGCAAAAGUGACUUGUGGCUAGUUUUUGUUUCUCUGUGGCACACUAAGAAAGCAGCAUUUCCCCUUUAGGGAAGCCAAUAAGGAAGCAAAAACCAGGUAUCUGAACUGGGGGGGCGGGAAGCAACCUCUUCCUUCACAGGCAGCAGUCACAACCAGCUUAGUUUGAGUUGUGCUGUUUUUUUUCUCUUGCAAGAAAAUGGCCUGGUUACACAUUUUGUUCAUUUCUUGCUUUUCCUGACAUUGCUCUUAGCCAUGGGUGGUUUCCAUUAUCCUUGCUUUCUACCUAAUCCAGGGAGCAGAUAGGUGUGGCUGAGUCUUUGUGGCAUAUAGUUGGGGCAGGGAAUGGGUGGUGGUUAAAUAGGAUUUAUCAGUUGAUGCACUCACAGACAUUUAAUGGAGAUACUUACAAGAGUUCAGUGAUCAUAUGCAAUGCAGAAAUGUUCAUGGCACACACAGCUUGUGGAGAAUCUCUAUUAACCUACUACACAAACUUAAUUACGUUGCUUAAGUAUUACACAUACACCCACUUAUGCUCACUGUUGUACGAUAGCCAGAAUACGUACCCUGACUGGAGAAGAUCAGAGUGCUUUGUAGAUAAUUGCAUGCAUGAAUUGGGAGUCUUUAUCAAAGGUUGUCAUUUUAUUCUUUGCCAGCAACAUCUGUCACAUUUUCCACAUCAACCUUUCGCUCAUCUGUUAAAUAGCCCAGUCAAACUUUACCCACUGCAUGGGAAAUUAACUCUGAACUUUCUUUUCUCUGGUUGCUGUCCUUUGGUCCUGGUUUGAGCUUGAUGAAUCAUUUCCUUGUGACCUCUUUUUUCUGGUAGCUGUUGUCCAGACCUGGUCUGAUAACCUUGAUUCUUUCUUCUCUGCAGAUCUGCAUUUUAUGUCAGGUUCAAAUUCUGUUCAUCUCUCUCUCCCAAUAUUUUAUUUCUUGUAAUAGCCUGAGAGAUACUGGUGAAUCAGCAAUUGUGCAUAGGGUAUGUGUGCAUCUUUAGCUCCUAUCCUGAGCUUAUUGUGAAGUGUAAAGCUGCCUUGUUUGGUUAGUUUGGGAACCAGUGUAGGUGUAAUCCUCACUCAGCAACUACACUUGGGACCAGCAGCUUGGUCAUUAAGUGAAGUGUUUGCUAAAUGAAACAUGAUUUUACAAUCUUCAGCUUUCUUUUGCUUUACAAAUCUGCAAAGGUUGUAAAUGCAAAGACUAGCCACAGAGUUACUUUUUCAUCACCAUUGCAACUGCAAGGGAGUCACUAAACAAGGAUUACCUGUUUGGUGCAAAACCAUAAAACAGGUUACUUCAGUGGUACCUGUUUUAUAGUUUUCAGCAAAACCAUAAAACAGGUUACUAUCUGAUUAUGUAUUAUCUCUGAAUACAACCAAGAUGUGAAUUGUUGAUCAGUUCUCUUAAACUGGCUAGAUGACUUUGGGUCAAUCACUCUCUCAGCUUAACUCACUUCACAGAGUUGUUAUGGGGAAAACAGAAGGAGGAAGGAGUAUUAGGUAUGUUUGCCAUCUUGAGUUAUUGGUAAAAAUAAUAAAGUUGGACAAAAAAAUUUAAAAAGAAGUAUAGCUCACCAUUGACUUUGUCGUGGCCCAGACAAAAUUGUGGAAAGUCCAUGUUUAACAGAAUGAUGGUUGUGUUCCUUCAACUGACCUUUAGUCAGCUGUCUCUCCCUUUUUGAAAAUAAAAUAUUUAUGGAAGUUAAA